GUGUGUAUGAUCCAUAUUAUUAUUACAUGUGUUUGUGUGAGCACAGUUGUUAAAGCUCAUCACACCUUUGAAGCAAUCCCUCACUAACAAUAGCAGUACAAGUCAAACCACAAGCGCAGCAUACUUUCAACAGAGUACAAUAGAAGACACACUUACACACACACCAAACUGGUUCACCUAUCUUUGUAAAGCAGACAGUAGGGUGCAUCAAAAAACACAAUUCUUGAAUUUUGAUAUGGCUGGGUGCUAAAAGUGUUCCAAUAUAUGUAGAAACAACACAUGCAAAAUAUUUUUCCAAUACAUGAUGAUUUAGGGGUGCCACCGCACAUCUGUUUUUGUUGGAUAAAGUGGUGAACAGUGCUCACUGGUCGCCAUAGAGCUCUGAGGUAAAAAGACUGCAGCUCAAGAAAACUGAGGCAUUGUACAACACAACCCAUCCCAGGAUCCUUCUCUCCUAAGAUGCUGCACUCACCAACUGGUCCCUGCCAGACUAGCAGUCGCAGCCUGGUCUUUGGUCUGGGCCCCAGCAUCACCAGUGAGGAUGGCAUCAUCACAGGCGCCAAGCUGCCAACUGGUCGUCAGAUCUUACGCUGCAUGCUUGCCAAGAAACCUGGUGCAAAUGGAGCGUUGUUGCAGUUUGAGGCAGCUAAGGUCGUCCUGGAGCAGGUGCGGCCAUUUUACAAGAAGGCCAACAUCCCAAUGGUCAGCGACAAGCGUGCGUGCCACAAGAUGGUAGACUUAGUCAAUGCCAACAAUAAGCUGCGGAAAAUCUCCCAGGCCAAGCGCUCCAGUGAGGCUGCAGCGAAACAAUUGGAGAAAAUGACGUGCAGACUUGAUGCCACAUUUCCGCUGUGGCCUCCAAAUGUUGAAAAGCUGAUUGAUAACCCGGAAGACUUAGUUUUCUUGGCCAGUAUGAAGACCGACAGAGUGGCCACAUUUGGUGUAUUGGACAAAAAGCGGCAGCUCAAGGUUAAGCGACGAGAGGAGCGUGAAGCUGCCGCAGCAGCCAGGCGGUCCCAGUGUGAAAAGGAGCUGGAGGAGAUGACGGCAAUGUCCAGCUUGGUGUCGGAAAGUGAUGAGGAGCCAGAGGAGGAUACUAACACAGUCUCUCCACCAUCUGAGGGCAAACCAUCCCUCAAGCGUAAGAAGACUGGAACAAAUGUCUUCUUUCCACAUGACAUCCUUAGCCGACCAAGUGUCGUGUCACUGGCUACAAGGUUGAAGAUGUCACCAAUGCAAACGCAAGCUAAUCCCUGAAUAGGAGGGUUACUCUUGGGGGGCAGGUGGGGAGACAUAUCUGGGGGGAGACACACUGGCUAGGUUCAAAGUUCAGGUUCCAUUUCCUCUUUCUCUCUCUGGUGAUGUUGCACAGUGGAGCGGACUCUGGCACUGACUGAGCAACUAAGUUUGAAGUUUAGUUAAUGUCAGCUUUUAUCAUUAAGCCCUGUGAGUUGCCAGUGAGUUAGCCACUAGAGAGGGUGUUCUUUCAAGUGUGUCAAUAUUGCCCUUUGUGUUUAACAAUAAAGUCAAUUAAACUUUA